UUAUCUCGCAAUAACAAGUGCAAGAUUUGUGACAGCAAAUUGUUGUCGACGCCCAGUUACUUGUGAGUCUUUGCUUUUUAAUUUUACGUGUAUAAUUAAAACAGCAAUAAUAUAACUGUGUAAAGUGUAAAGAAUUCAUCACGUGACGUAUCAUAGAAUUAUUGGGAAUAAAUUAAAUAGAACCGAUUGUCUUUGUCAUCCAAAAAGAGCAAUACAAAAUGCAGACAAUAAAAUGUGUGGUAGUGGGUGAUGGUGCUGUAGGUAAAACAUGCUUGCUGAUUUCGUAUACGACAAACAAAUUCCCUUCCGAGUAUGUUCCAACAGUCUUUGAUAAUUACGCUGUUACUGUAAUGAUCGGUGGCGAGCCAUAUACUCUAGGAUUAUUUGACACAGCAGGACAAGAAGAUUAUGAUAGACUUAGACCUUUAAGUUAUCCUCAAACAGACGUUUUUUUAGUCUGUUUUUCAGUAGUUUCUCCGUCUUCAUUUGAAAAUGUUAAAGAAAAGUGGGUACCGGAGAUAACUCAUCAUUGUCAAAAAACACCAUUUCUAUUAGUGGGAACUCAAAUUGAUUUACGAGACGACGCUGCAACAAUUGAAAAACUUGCAAAGAAUAAACAAAAACCUAUAACUGGAGAACAAGGAGAGAAAUUGGCGAAAGAAUUGAAAGCUGUCAAAUAUGUUGAAUGUAGUGCUCUUACACAGAAAGGUCUUAAAAAUGUUUUUGAUGAAGCAAUUCUUGCGGCAUUGGAACCGCCUGAGGUAGUGAGGAGAAGAAAGUGCGUUAUUUUGUAGGAGGUUUUAGACACUUUCUUUUCAUAUUAUCUUCAAACAAUUGGCUUUCUUCGCCCGAUAUUGUAAGUCACACAUCUACGAUCUUCAUGAUAAUAUAUUUGAUGAGUAUCUUGCGACAAAUUAAAUGAAGACUUGAUUAAUUUUUUAAAUUAACACUUUACCAAUGAUUGCUUUUGGUCUUUAGCGUUUUAUCACACAAUUGUCUGAUACUUUAAAAAAUAAAAACUCGACCUUGAAUAUGUAAACGUGAAAAAUCGUGUGAGCAUUUAUGAGAUUGCGGCAUAUCUACCUCAAUUUACACGAUUUUUCGAUGUUUAUAUUAAUUUUUUUCAUGAAAAAUUAAUGAAAAAUAAUAGGGAAACAAUUUUUUAACAUUGUUUAAAUUUUUUUAAAUGUGUAACAAAAAUGAAUUUACAUUAAUUAUAAUAGUGUUUAUACGUGAUUUUUUACUGAAACUUUUUUCUUUAGGGCGGAAUACAUAUUAUAGACUAUGAAUACUUUGUACAAGUUGCUUAAAACAAACAAGCUAAGAAAAAACAAAAAAAAAAUGGAAUCAUGAAGUGAAAAAGUAUAAAAAAAAAUUAAUGAUAAUUAUAAUAAGAUAAAAAGUAAUUAAGAAAAUUUACUAUACUUGACUGGAGCAAUACCUUUGCUAGUGGUAAUCACCGCAAGGUAGAUGAACCAGCCUUUCAAAUAUUUAAUAAAUGAGUAAGGCAUUUUUAUUGAUAAGUUACUAAUGUGAAUUUUUUAAUAAACCGGUAAUCGAAUA